CUCCUCCCGGCGGGCCGCGCGCGGGCGGCGCAGCCGCGGAGCUCCGGGGCCAUGGCGGCGGCUUGGCUCUGCACUAGGACUAAAGUCUGCACGGCAGCAGCUUUUGGGAGAUCUCUACAGAAGGAGCUCUGGACAAGGUCGUGGAGAAGGGAAGCUGCUCGUCGGCCCUGGAUUUUUGGUUCGUGGGAGUGUUUGCAGUCACAAACCCAGCGAGCUCAUGGUAAUCAUCUCAGGAGACUGCGAGAGCCGCCUGUGUGUCUGUCCCACUCAGCCCCUGCUGCAGUGCUCCAGCAGAAGGCUGUGGAUGGGCAGACAGAAGAGUUCAAACUGGUCUACAGGUUCCCAGGGAUAAAAUACUGCAGGGUCCUGUCGAGACUGAAGCUGCUGCAGACUGCCACCUCCAUGGUCAUGCUGCCUCCCAUCUGCUACCUCUACCUGCAGGACCAGGUGUCUCAGAAUAUCCUCCUAUAUACGACUGGCAUCGCUAUCUUUGCUGGGGCAAUGUUGUAUGGUAUGAGCUACUUUUUCAGAAGAAUUAUUGGAUUAAUAUACUUAAGUGAAAGUGGACAAACUGUCAGAGUGGCCCACUUGACAUUUUGGGGAAGACGUAAUGAUAUUUACUGUCCCAUAGAGACAGUGGUGACUUUGGAUGAAGUUGGAGAUAGCAAGGACGAGCUACUUCACCAGUUCAAACGGUAUAACAGUACAGAUACUUUGUAUUUUACAAUUAAGUAUGGCCAGAUUGUAGACAGACAGAAAUUUACUCAAAUAUUUGGAGAAUUUGUGUGACACAGCACCUAAUUUCCAGUGACUGUCCAUGUUCAUUGUGCUUAUUGUUUUGUGAGGUUUAAAUAGUUUACCAACCUACACAUCCCUGUCCUUUUCCUGUGCAAAGCCUGCUGUAAGUGCACCCAGUGUAGAAAGUCACAGUGGUCAGGCACAGUCCACUGGAUUAAAGGUCUUGCAGCAUGUAUAUGGUGUGAGGAGUGUCUGUUCCAUGUAGGAUUUAGUAAUGUCACAGCAUUCCAAGCCUGAACUGUCCAAAUUACUGGGGCUGACCCUGGCUGUUUCUUUCUGUUGGCCUCUUUGGUGGUUAUGAAAAAUCUCUUGAAAUGAAAUGCAGGAGCUGCCAGAGCAUCCUCACUUCAAACUCAGUGUUUCUUUUUGCUAUUUUCAAGUUGGCUGGGAAGCCUCUGGAAAUGAAAGCUGGUCUGGUACAUCCAUAGGAUGGGUACUGCUGAAUGUCAGAGAGGGACAUGCUCAGGUGUUAAUGCAAUUGAGGGAACUGGGAAGGUGUGUGGGCUGUCCUGGCCUCAGGAGGGUCCUCCAGGAUGGGAGUGGAACUGGGCAAAACAAGGGUGUGGGCUACAAGAGACAGUGGCAGCUCAGCUGGUAAGUUAAAGGCAGGGACAAUAUUUCAGGAGACUCUUACAGAAAUUGCCAUUCUUCAUUGGAAUGGGAAAAGCAGCACCUGUCUCCAUGAAGGACUGUGGUUGUAUUCCAUGGUACUGAUAUGACUUCUCCUUUUCCAAAACCUCAGUAGAAAUGAGGAGUUUAAACCCAAGAAAGAACCAAACAUAUCACCUAUAACAUGUAACACAUUUUUUGACUUGUCAGAAGCAAGAUAACUCCUUACACGCCUCUUCUAGUUCUAGCUUAAUUUGAAACUGGCAAAUAAACUGACUCUCACCAAUAAUCUGGAGUGUUCUUUCCUUAUUUUUUCCUCAUGUGAAGUGAAACCUGUUUCUUGGCAGAUCAGCAAAGGAUCAGUUAAGUAAAAUUGUGAUUUAAGUGCACAGGGUAGCCCUGAAUUCCUAUUUCUAACUUUAACUUUUCCUAAUGGGGUUCUGUGAGUUUAAAUUUUGGCUGAUACUGUGUAGCACAGCAAUAUCAGAAGAAAUCCAAAUGUUCCUUGGUGUAAACAUCAUGGCAGCAAAAUACAGUGGGCUGUACAGGUAUACUGCAGUUUUUGGAGGUUUGUCUUCAUGUAUGUAUUUAAUACAUACAUUUAAUGGUUCAGUUUAGGCAUGUACUGAGUGUAAAAUGAAAAGCCUUGGAGAAGUUCAAUUAUAAAUAUUUUAUUUAAGAAUAUUGAUUACACAUGAUUGAUGUCAUUUGUUAUGAAUCUGUGUACAGUUACUAGUUACACCAUGAAGUGUACUUAAGUAUUUGUUUAAACAUUUAUUUGGCACUGUCUACAGUAUGCUGUAAACAAUAUUAACUUUAUAUGCUUCAGCUGCAGUGCUUUCUAAGUAUUCUCUAACGAUUUCGUCAACAUGUUGUACACAAUUAUACAGUUACUGAGUGUCAGUAAAAAUUAUAAAAACACCUAGAGUAGUCAUAAUAAAAGUGAAGAUGUGGUAAGACUUCAAA